AUGUCCAACCUACGUCAAAGCCGUAGGCAGCAACAUCUGACCCAUGAACGUCGGGAGGAAGACUACAUAGACCGUCGAAGGACUAAGUGCCACCAGUCUGUCACGGACCAUACCGGCCAACGAGCUGAGAACGGACGGAUACAGGCAUCCAAGACACCCAGGGGUGAUAUCAGCCUAACGAAGGGAGACGUGGUAAUUAAUGACGAGGCCAAAGGAGAUCCCGACCUGCGUGCGGACAGGGGGCAGUCCAUUACUGGUGAACAUGUAGCUAGUAGUGGGCUGCCCUCCUGUUCGUCUUUGGGUAUCUCUGGAGCCUCAUCUUCCGGUAACGAGCAGCCACGCCUCCCACCUAAUAAACGUAGGCGUCACCGCCGUCGUUCCAACAACAAGGGCACGGUGCAGGGCCAGUCGUCGACAAAAAAGCUAACCGAGCUUAUGGUACAACAUCAGUCGCUCUUGGAGAAGUACGAACAAAGGCUGAAGCGUACAUCUUCAGAACGACCUACGACAGUGUUGUCCGCGCACGAAGCGUUGACUAGCCCACGUAAACGGAGGCAUAGGGCACGAGGUAGGGAGGACAAUCCCACGUUUCGUAUCCAAGGCCGUUCACAACAGCACCAUGGACUCGGGUGCGAAUCACCUGGGUCGAUAGGUCAACUCUCCGAGGAGGAAGAGACUUUGUCGUCUCUGGAGGAGGCUCCGUUAUUCCAAGAAUUCGCACGUGAGCAGGUGUUGGCCAAACAAAUUCCACAUGGGCAGGAAGCGCUCAAGAACAGGCAGGACCAGAUGAGCACGACCUAUCGCCAACAACAACAGCGACAAUCGUUCGAGAGGGCAGCAACCAGUCAGCAUGUACAGACGUCUAAGCGAAUGGAGACGACGUCGCUCACACCUCCACCCACACCGGCGAGUAUUGAGAAAAGUCGACAGGUGCUAUAA